AUGAAGAAACUUCGUGUUCAGGUACCACCCAUACGUAAGAAAGAUGGAACUUGGGCUUGCAGUGAACAAGAAAAAACAGAAAUAUACGCUCGACAUCUUGAACGCGUAUUUCUAUCUCACGACAUAAACUCUGAGCUUGACAUUGUGCAAUGUCAACAGCUUAUUGCAACACGUAAAAAGAUUAAACAUUUCACUCCAUUAGAAGCUGCUAAAGUAAUAGAUGACAACUUAAACUCCAAAAUAGCACCAGAUUAUGAUGAAAUAGGUCCAAAAAUACCUAAAGAGCUUCCAAAGAAGGCUAUCAUUCAUUUUACGUACAUAUACAAUGCUAUUUUGCACUUGAAAUACAUUUCAGAACAAUGGAAACCGGCAUAUGUGAUUAUGUUGCUUAAACCGGAAAAAUCACCAGAAGAUGUCAUAUCAUACCGACCGAUAUUAUUCCUUCCAUGUUUGUUUAAACUCUAAGAGGAAUUUUACUAAAUGUCUAAAACCAAUCAUAGAAGAAAAACAUCUUAUACCGGACCAUCAGUUUGGAUUCCGCAACAAACAUUCAACGAUCGAUCAAGUCUAUUGCGUCACUUACAUUAUUAGUAAAAGUCUUGAAGAAAAAGAUUACUGUUAUUGA